AUGGCUGCCAACUUAAAAUAGUAAUUGUCAAUUGAACACGUUUACAUCAAUUCAAAACGAUGUUUUAUCGUCAAAAAUGAAUGAUGUGCAGUGUAACAGUCAGUGAUUGAGUCUCUCUUAAAACCGCUUCAUUCCAUUAACCAAUAAUUGGCACAAAUCAAUAUGAAUAAAACUAACAAAUUCCUCCUGGAAGCUGCUGCAAUUUUCGUAACAUAUUUCUACUUUGGAAUAUUACAAGAAAAAAUAACGAAAGGCAAAUACACGUAUGAGGCUACGGACGAUAAAGGAGAGAAAAUCUACCUUACGGAGAAGUACACUUACUUCCUAACCUUAGUUUUUAUUUUGUGCGCAACUAGCUAUGCAGCCGCUUGCAUAUUUUUGAAAAUUUGGCGGCCCGAUGAAGACAAGACACCGAGACUUUACUACAUAAGUAUUGCCAUAACGUACCUUCUGGCUAUGGUAUGUUCAAAUAUGGCACUCCAAUGGGUGCCAUAUCCCACCCAAGUUGUGGGCAAAUCGGCCAAACCCAUCCCAGUCAUGAUACUGGGAGUAUUGUUAGGGAAAAAAUCAUAUCCGUUUAAGAAGUACAUUUUCGUGUUGUUGAUUGUCGUUGGAGUGGUGCUGUUUAUGUUUAAAGACAAGGGCAAACCUGCGCAGCAAGACAUGGAAUUUGGUUUGGGGGAACUGUUGUUAAUCUUGUCCCUAAUGAUGGAUGGGAUGACUGGAGGAGUUCAAGAAAGGAUAAGAGCAGAGGCGCAGCCAACAGGCCAACAAAUGAUGAAAGCAUCAAAUGGAUGGUCGGUUUUAUUUCUAGGAUGCGCUCUUGUAACAACAGGUGAAGGUUUCCAGUUUUUGGAAUUUGCAAAGAGGCAUCCAAAUGUUACUGUUAAUCUAUUAGUAUUAGGAUUAACGCAAGCAGUCGGACAAAUGUUUCUGUAUAAUAUGGUUUCAGAUUUUGGGCCUUUGGUUGUCUCAGUUGUGACAACAACCCGAAAGUUCUUUACUUUCUUGGGCUCAGUUAUUAUUUUUGGGAACGCCCUAAGUGUUAGACAGUGGAUAGGAACAUUGAUUGUUUUCACUGGACUCUUCCUUGAUACGUUCUUCUCUAAGAAAGCCACCAAAAAAUCUCCCAGCAAUUAAUCUAUUUGUUGUUAAUUCUACAUAAAUUUUAUUAUUUUAUUUAUGAUAAAAACUUAUCAGUGA